UACCCUGGCUCCUUUCUAAUGUCCUAACGAAUAUUUCAUUGCAUCUCUGGCAGAGCAACUCACUGUCCCACUUAUCGUCCCAUUUCCGACUUUAGUUCAUUUGUAUUCAUAUACUCCAUACCUCGUCGCGCAUCCAAAAGCUCAUAACGAAACGAAGAGUAACCCAAUUCAAGCGUCCUUAUUUCUCAGCUGCAGCAGCUAUGUCUGGACAAUUCACUUAUCCACCCCCGCCGAGCCAAGGCUCAUUUUCUUAUCCCUCCAACGCACCCAUUUACUCCCCGCCCCAGGCAUCCCCUGGCUUUCCACCUCCCAACUUCAGCUUCCCUCCGCCGCCCCAGCAGCCUGCGCCCUCUAAUGGCGAGAAUAAACCUCCAACACCACCAAUGAGCGAGAAAGCCGUAUAUGAUGCGGAGAAUACGGGAGCAUACGGUGCUAACGCAGCCAUAAGCUCUUCAGAUAGACCUCCGUCCGGCACAACACUUACAAGAGCCCACACGGACAUGUCACUUGGCAGCAAGCCAGGUCCUUUAGCAUCUGCUAACUUCAUAGGUGCCAUGUCUACCGACAUGGAUGACGUGGGCACCUUCAACGGCGGUAGCUACAGGAUCAGUCACCGGGACACGAAUAGUCUAUUGACAAUUCAAUUAGCCGUCGGAUGUCCCCUACAGGCCAGACCCGGGAUUAUGAUCGCAAUGUCCCCCUCAAUCUCGCUUCGAGGCUCGCUCUCAUUCGGAUGGAUGAAGGCCCUCGCCGGCGGCCAGGUCGCGCGCUCAACAUACACAGGACCCGGCGAGCUUCUCCUCGCCCCCUCUGUACUGGGUGAUGUCACCGCCCUCCGCCUGGACGGUACCCAGGAGUGGACGGUGGGACGAGAUGCCUUCCUCGCCUCCACCAGUGGCGUCAAGAGCGAAUACAAGACCCAGGGCAUCAUGAAGGGUGUUUUCUCCGGGGAAGGCUUCUUUGUUUACAAGUUCCAAGGCUCCGGCAUCCUCUGGAUGCAAAGCUUCGGCGCCAUUGUCAAGAAAGAGCUCGCCGAAGGUGAGGUCUAUUUCGUGAACAACGGCCACCUGGUAGCGUGGAACUGCCAAUAUAAGAUCGAGCGCGUCGCCUCCGGCGGCAUCAUCUCAAACUGGAGUGCCGGGGAGGGCUUGGCUUGUCGAUUCACUGGUCCAGGGUCUGUGUACAUGCAGACCCGUAAUGUGUCCUCCUUCCUUGCCCAUCUCAACGGAGGGAAAUCCACCAGCUGAAGCAUGCUUCACAUGCAUUGGUCUGAAGCAACGGCCAAUAUCUUGUUCAACCUCGACUUCUCCGGGCUCUGUGUCUUUCUCAUGUUAUUUGUUAUAUACCUCUCCUCACGCCAGAUUUUGGGUUAUUUUCUUUGGAAAUAGUAUCUAAAUUGGAACUUAUGGUGCAUGAUCAGAUUGUCUGGUUAGUUCUAGCGAUGUGAUAUUGAUUUGGAGUCAUGGUGGGCUGAACUCGACCCAGCAAACCG